AACAACUAUUUUUUUCUCGCCAAUGCACCCACAAUUAACAUGUACCCGGUAUGUGGAACUUUCAGCCAAAAUGAUAGAACACACGCAUUUUCUCAAUAACAGCCUCCUCUAAGAACCGUGAGUCGUUGAUGAGUAAAACUGCUCCUCACAGAAAAAAAUAAAAUAAAAUAACAUAAGUUUAUAAGUUAACAUAAGCGCCUCGUGUUAGUUGGGUGUCAGUAAAACGUCUGUGAACUAUGAGACGGCCACGUGACAAAACCGUUCUUUGCUCCCUUGGCCGCUGCACACAACACAGUGAUAAACAUGAAGUGGUUAGACCUCUUUGGACGUCUAAAAUGUGUCGUUAUUGGAAUGAUCCACGUGAAGGCUUUACCAGGCUCUCCACUUGGAUGCUUGAAAAUGUCCCAAAUCAUUGAGGAAGCCUGUUGGGAGGCAAGCGUAUACCGCAACGCAGGACUGGACGGCGUGAUAGUGGAGAACAUGCACGACGUCCCGUACUCGCUGUCACCGGGUCCCGAGGUGAGCGCGUGCAUGACAUCUGUGUGUGCGGCGGUGAGGAAUGUCUGUCCGUCCAUCCCCGUCGGCGUACAGAUUCUGUCCGCCGCCAACCGACAGGCGCUCGCCGUCGCUCUUGCAUCAGGCGCCCACUUCAUCCGGGCGGAGGGCUUUGUGUUUUCACACGUAGCCGACGAGGGUUUGGUCAACGCUUGUGCCGGAGAACUUCUGAGGUACCGCAAGAGCGUCGGAGCCGAGGACAUCCUCGUCCUCACCGACAUCAAGAAGAAACAUAGCUCUCACGCUCUGACGUCGGACGUGAGCUUGGCCGAGACGGCCCGAGCCGCAGAGUUCUUUCUGUCGGACGGCCUCAUCCUGACCGGAAAGUCCACGGGAGCCCAGGCUGACCCCAAAGAGCUCACUGAUGUAAUGCAGGCAGUGAGUCUCCCGGUCCUGGUGGGUUCCGGCGUGACUCACGACAACGUGGACCGCUACCUCGGCGCCAGCGGCCUCAUCGUGGGCUCGCAUUUCAAAAGCGGCGGCUCGUGGAGCAACGCGCUCAACGUGAAGUGCGUCAACGACUUCAUGACCAAGAUGAGACGCCUCCGAGAAAGCAAUUGACCCUGAAGAAAGGCCCCCUCCUGGACUGGGCCAUGCGCAUGUACAUCCCUGCUUGGUUGUCUUGUGUUCACGAGCAGCUGCACCAACUGAAAAUACCCCCCCCCCCCCCCCCAAAUACAAUUUGUGUUUUGCUGCUCGUGUUCACGACUCAAAAGUCACUUUUUUUUACAGUUACAUUUUCACUGUCCGGGUACUUUGAAUGCAACAUACAGUAAACUUGAAUCAUUUUAAGAAUGAACAUUAAUUUGACCGCUCGACUCUCUUUCAAUCAGUUGACUUCACAGACGACAAAUAAACAGAAUAAAAUCUGUC